AUGAUGUCUAAGUGGGAGCAAAACUUCGCCACUCCAAAAUAUGUAUUUGGCCCAAGACUCAUUUCAUCAGAGGACUCUGAAGACAGAAUAAAGAUAAUUUUUGAAAAAGAUAGUUAUAUAGCCGUGAUAUUUUGGAUCGAGGGCCUCACUCCGAAGCUGGACCCCGAGGAGAUGAAAUGGAAGAUACAUGAGGAUGUGAUCUCCUCCAUAAGGAACUUUCUCAUCUACGUGGCCUUGCUGCUAGUCACUCCUUUUAUCUUAAAGACUUUGGACAGCAUAUGAAGAUUGGUUAUCACAUAUGAAUGCCUAAUGUGAAGAGCCUGGUUACAGUUUCUACUCCUAUCUGUACAUGGAUAGGCUCAGAAGGAUUUAAGAGACUUUGAAUGGACAUAAAUUUUUUUCUUUUAAGAACAAGUUUGAGUCUGGCAGCUGGCCUCCAUAGUUAAAACAAAACUACUUGGGAAAAGAUGUUUUGUCAUAGUAUGCCCUUAUGCCUGUGAUAUUCAGCCUCUGUGAUGUUGGGGUAAUAACUGCAAAUUCCAUUUUCUGGCUUGUAUUAAUUAUAAGGGAA